GUAGAAUCUAUAAUGAGCAGUAAAUAUGCUAUUAGACAUCAAAUGAGAGAUAUACUGAAGAACAUGACGCCUUCUAUGCGCAUGAAAAAAUCGGAGGACCUUGUAAAACAGUUCCUGUGUACUCCUGAAUACUGCAGUGUGCAGAAGCUUGCCGUUUACAUCAAUCUUCCCGAAGAACCUAACACUAUGCUAUUAAUCGAAAAAGCACUUAUGGAUGGAAAAAGAGUUUUUGUUCCAAAAGUAAUAUCUGCCGAUAUGUAUAUGCUCCCCGUAAAGUCAGUAGAAGAAAUCAAACUUUGGAAGCCUAAUAAGUGGGGAAUUAAAGAACCGGAACAAGUGCUAAAUGAAGAAUUGUCAGACAUAGUUACAAGCCAAGGUGGACUGGAUUCGUUUAUUGUACCUGGACUAGCUUUCACCCGGAAUGGAGGUCGCCUUGGUCGUGGAGGUGGGUAUUACGACCGAUAUAUUGCAUGGUACAUGAAGCAGUGCCACUUGGGUGUUUUUCGUAGACCUUAUGUAACCGCAUUCGCAUUCUCCGAACAGAUUAUAGACUACAUUCCUUUAGAAUCUCAUGAUUUACAUGUUGACCACUUAUUUGUUGCAUGAACUCUUGUAACUGUAGCAUAUUGUUUUCUGUAACUGUGUUUGAUUAAGAUGAUAGUAGCAGACUGGCAAUUUGUUAGGUUAUCCAGUGGUGAUACCGAGAUUCCUGCAGUAAUGACAAAUACAACUUUUUAAAAA